UGGGGUGUCCUAGGGAGGAGGACGAGGAGGAAGCACCAUGACGUCCAUCCAUUUCGUCGUUCACCCGCUGCCGGGCACCGAGGACCAGCUCAAUGACAGGUUACGGGAAGUGUCAGAGAAGUUGAACAAAUAUAAUUUAAACAGUCACCCUCCAUUGAAUGUAUUGGAACAGGCUACUAUUAAACAGUGUGUGGUGGGACCAAAUCAUGCUGCAUUUCUUCUUGAGGAUGGUAGAGUCUGCAGGAUUGGUUUUUCAGUGCAGCCAGACAGAUUAGAAUUGGGUAAACCUGAUAAUAAUGAUGGUUCAAAGUUGAGCAGUGGCUCAGGGGCAGGAAGGACAUCCAGGCCAGGCAGGACUAGUGACUCCCCAUGGUUUCUGUCUGGUUCUGAAACUCUGGGCAGACUGGCAGGCAACACCCUUGGAAGUCGCUGGAGUUCAGGAGUGGGUGGAAGUGGAGGAGGAUCUUCUGGCAGGUCAUCUGCUGGAGCUCGAGACUCACGACGACAGACCAGAGUUAUUCGGACAGGACGAGAUCGAGGCUCUGGUCUGUUGGGCAGUCAGCCCCAGCCUGUUAUUCCUGCAUCUGUCAUUCCAGAAGAACUCAUUUCACAGGCCCAAGUUGUUUUACAGGGGAAGUCUAGAAGUGUUAUUAUUCGGGAACUCCAGCGGACAAAUCUUGAUGUAAACCUUGCUGUAAAUAAUUUGCUCAGCCGUGAUGAUGAAGAUGGAGAUGAUGGGGAUGAUACUGCAAGUGAAUCAUAUCUACCUGGAGAGGAUCUUAUGUCUCUUCUUGAUGCUGAUAUUCAUUCUGCACACCCAAGUGUUAUUAUUGAUGCUGAUGCUAUGUUUUCAGAAGACAUUAGCUACUUUGGUUAUCCUUCCUUUCGUCGUUCAUCACUUUCCAGGCUAGGCUCAUCUCGAGUUCUCCUUCUUCCCUUAGAGAGAGACUCUGAGCUGUUGCGUGAACGUGAAUCCGUUUUACGUUUGCGUGAGCGAAGGUGGCUUGAUGGAGCCUCAUUUGAUAAUGAAAGAGGCUCUACAAGCAAAGAAGGAGAACCAAAUUUGGAUAAGAAGAAUACACCUGUGCAAAGCCCAGUAUCUCUAGGAGAAGAUUUGCAGUGGUGGCCAGAUAAGGAUGGAACAAAAUUUACAUCCAUUGGAGCUUUGUAUUCUGAGCUUUUGGCAGUUAGUAAUAAAGGGGAGCUCUAUCAGUGGAAAUGGAGUGAAUCAGAGCCUUACAGGAAUGCGCAGAAUCCUUCAUUACAUCAUCCACGAGCAACAUUUUUGGGGUUAACCAAUGAAAAGAUAGUUCUCCUUUCUGCAAAUAGUAUCAGAGCAACUGUAGCUACAGACAAUAAUAAGGUUGCUACAUGGGUGGAUGAAACUUUAAGUUCUGUCGCUUCUAAGUUAGAGCAUACUGCACAGACUUACUCAGAGCUUCAGGGAGAACGGAUAGUUUCAUUACACUGUUGUGCUCUUUACACCUGUGCUCAACUAGAGAAUAAUCUGUAUUGGUGGGGUGUGGUCCCUUUUAGUCAGAGGAAGAAGAUGUUAGAAAAGGCGAGGGCAAAAAAUAAAAAGCCCAAGUCCAGUGCUGGUAUCUCCUCAAUGCCAAAUAUCACAGUUGGCACCCAGGUGUGCUUGAGAAAUAAUCCUCUCUAUCAUGCUGGAGCAGUUGCCUUUUCAAUUAGUGCUGGAAUUCCUAAAGUUGGUGUAUUAAUGGAGUCAGUUUGGAAUAUGAAUGACAGCUGUAGAUUCCAACUUCGCUCACCUGAAAGCUUGAAAAACAUGGAGAAAGCUAGCAAAACUACUGAAGCUAAACCUGAAAGUAAACAGGAGCCUGUGAAAACUGAAAUGGGUCCCCCACCUUCUCCAGCUUCCACAUGUAGUGAUGCGUCUUCAAUUGCAAGCAGUGCAUCAAUGCCAUAUAAACGACGGCGGUCUACUCCUGCUCCCAAAGAAGAGGAGAAGGUGAAUGAAGAGCAGUGGUCUCUUAGGGAGGUGGUGUUCGUGGAAGAUGUGAAGAACGUUCCUGUUGGCAAGGUACUAAAAGUAGAUGGUGCCUAUGUUGCUGUGAAAUUUCCAGGCACUUCCAGUAAUACAAAUUGUCAGAGCAGCUCUAGUUCAGAUCCUGAUCCAUCUUCUCUUCUUCAAGAUUGUAGGCUUCUUAGAAUUGAUGAAUUACAGGUGGUCAAAACUGGUGGCACACCUAAAGUUCCUGACUGUUUCCAAAGGACCCCUAAGAAGCUGUGUAUUCCUGAAAAAACAGAAAUUUUAGCAGUUAAUGUAGAUUCAAAAGGUGUGCAUGCUGUUUUGAAAACUGGGAAUUGGGUGCGAUACUGUAUCUUUGACCUUGCUACAGGAAAAGCAGAACAGGAAAACAAUUUUCCUACUAGUAGUAUUGCCUUCCUUGGUCAGAAUGAGAGGAAUGUUGCUAUUUUCACAGCUGGACAGGAGUCACCCAUUAUUCUUAGAGAUGGAAAUGGUACGAUCUAUCCUAUGGCAAAAGAUUGUAUGGGAGGAAUAAGGGAUCCCGAUUGGCUUGAUCUUCCACCUAUCAGUAGUCUUGGAAUGGGGGUGCAUUCUUUAACAAAUCUUCCUGCUAAUUCAACUAUCAAAAAGAAAGCUGCUAUUAUCAUCAUGGCCGUAGAGAAACAAACUUUAAUGCAGCAUAUUCUCCGAUGUGACUAUGAGGCCUGUCGACAGUAUCUUUUGAAUCUUGAGCAAGCAGUUGUUUUGGAUCAGAAUCCACAGAUCCUACAGACAUUCCUCAGUCAUAGAUGUGAUGGAAAUCGUAAUAUUUUGCAUGCUUGUGUAUCUGUGUGCUUUCCAACCAGCAACAAAGAAACUAAGGAAGAAGAAGAAGCAGAGCGCUCUGAAAGAAAUACAUUUGCAGAAAGACUUUCAGCAGUAGAGGCUAUUGCAAAUGCCAUAUCCGUGGUUUCAAGUAAUGGCCCAGGUAAUCGGACUGGAUCAUCAAGUAGCCGAAGUAUGAGACUAAGGGAAAUGAUGAGACGUUCCUUGAGAGCAGCGGGUCUGGGUAGACAUGAAGCUGGAGCUUCAUCUAGUGACCACCAAGAUCCAGUUUCUCCCCCGAUAGCUCCUCCCAGCUGGGUUCCUGACCCUCCCGCCAUGGAUCCUGAUGGUGACAUUGAUUUUAUCCUGGCCCCCGCUGUGGGAUCUCUUACCACAGCAGCGACUGGCACUGGUCAAGGACCAAGCACCUCCACCAUCCCAGGUCCCUCCACUGAGCCAUCUGUAGUAGAGUCAAAAGAUCGAAAAGCAAAUGCUCACUUUAUACUAAAAUUGUUAUGUGACAGUGUUGUUCUGCAGCCUUAUUUACGAGAACUCUUAUCUGCCAAGGAUGCAAGAGGUAUGACACCAUUUAUGUCUGCUGUAAGUGGCCGAGCUUACCCUGCUGCAAUCACCAUCUUAGAAACAGCGCAGAAAAUUGCAAAAGCAGAGGCAUCUUCAAGUGAAAAAGAAGAUGAUGUAUUUAUGGGAAUGGUUUGUCCAUCUGGCACAAAUCCUGAUGAUUCUCCUUUAUAUGUCUUGUGUUGCAAUGAUACAUGUAGUUUUACCUGGACUGGAACAGAGCACAUUAAUCAGGAUAUUUUUGAGUGUCGAACUUGUGGAUUACUAGAAUCACUUUGCUGUUGUACAGAAUGCGCGAGAGUUUGUCAUAAAGGUCAUGAUUACAAACUCAAGCGGACUUCCCCGACAGCUUACUGUGAUUGCUGGGAGAAAUGCAAAUGUAAAACCCUCAUUGCUGGGCAAAAAUCUGCACGUCUCGAUCUGCUUUAUCGGCUGCUCACUACCACUAACCUGGUCACUCUGCCAAACAGCAGGGGAGAACACCUUCUGCUGUUUUUAGUCCAGACUGUGGCCAGGCAGACAGUGGAGCACUGCCAGUAUCGGCCACCUAGAAUCCGAGAAGACCGCAACCGGAAAACUGCAAAUCCUGAGGACUCAGAUAUGCCUGAUCAUGAUUUAGAGCCUCCAAGAUUUGCUCAACUUGCUUUGGAGAGGGUUUUACAGGACUGGAAUGCUCUGAAAUCUAUGAUUAUGUUUGGUUCACAAGAGAAUAAAGAUCCUCUCAGUGCCAGCAGUAGAAUAGGUCACCUUUUGCCUGAAGAGCAAGUAUACCUUAAUCAGCAAAGUGGCACAAUUCGAUUGGACUGUUUCACACACUGCCUUAUAGUUAAGUGUACAGCAGACAUUUUGCUUUUAGACACACUGCUUGGUACUCUUGUGAAAGAACUACAAAAUAAAUACACACCUGGUCGUAGAGAAGAAGCUAUUGCUGUUACAAUGAGGUUUCUGCGUUCAGUGGCAAGAGUUUUUGUCAUUCUUAGUGUGGAAAUGGCCUCAUCCAAAAAGAAAAACAACUUUAUUCCACAGCCAAUUGGGAAGUGCAAGCGAGUAUUUCAAGCAUUGUUGCCAUAUGCUGUGGAAGAACUGUGUAAUGUAGCUGAAUCCUUGAUUAUUCCAGUUAGGAUGGGGAUUGCUCGUCCCACUGCCCCAUUUACUCUAGCUAGUACUAGUAUAGACGCUAUGCAGGGCAGUGAAGAGCUCUUUUCUGUGGAGCCACUACCGCCAAGACCAUCAUCAGACCAGUCUAACAGUUCUAGUCAAUCUCAGUCAUCUUAUAUCAUAAGGAAUCCUCAACAGAGACGUAUUAGUCAAUCCCAACCUGUUCGAGGCAGAGAUGAAGAGCAAGAUGAUAUUGUUUCAGCAGAUGUGGAAGAGGUUGAGGUUGUGGAAGGUGUUGCUGGAGAAGAAGAUCAUCAUGAUGAACAAGAAGAACAUGGAGAAGAAAAUGCUGAAGCAGAGGGUCAGCAUGAUGAGCAUGAUGAGGAUGGGAGUGAUAUGGAACUGGAUUUAUUAGCAGCUGCUGAAACAGAAAGUGACAGUGAGAGUAACCACAGCAACCAAGAUAAUGCUAGCGGGAGAAGAAGUGUUGUGACUGCAGCCACUGCGGGUUCAGAAGCAGGUGCCAGCAGUGUACCUGCAUUUUUUUCUGAAGAUGACUCUCAGUCCAAUGACUCCAGUGAUUCAGACAGCAGCAGUAGCCAGAGUGAUGACAUAGAGCAGGAAACAUUUAUGCUUGAUGAACCACUGGAAAGAACCACAAAUAGUUCUCAUGCUAAUGGUGCCGCCCAGGCACCCCGUUCUAUGCAGUGGGCUGUACGCAACACCCAAAAUCAGAGAACUACCAGCACAACUCCUUCCAGUACAUCAGCACCAGCAGCCAGUUCAGCAGGUUUGAUUUAUAUUGAUCCAUCCAACUUACGCCGGAGUGGUACCAUCAGUACAAGUGCUGCGGCUGCUGCAGCUGCUCUUGAAGCUAGCAAUGCCAGCAGCUACUUAACAUCUGCAAGCAGUUUAGCAAGAGCGUAUAGCAUUGUCAUCAGACAGAUCUCUGAUUUGAUGGGGCUUAUUCCCAAAUACAACCACCUUGUCUACUCUCAGAUCCCAGCGGCUGUAAAACUGACUUAUCAAGAUGCAGUAAACUUACAGAAUUAUGUAGAGGAAAAGCUGAUUCCCACAUGGAAUUGGAUGGUCAGUAUUAUGGAUUCUACAGAAGCCCAGUUGCGUUAUGGUUCAGCAUUAGCAUCUGCUGGUGAUCCUGGGCAUCCAAACCACCCUCUUCAUGCUUCUCAGAAUUCAACCAGGAGAGAAAGAAUGACUGCUCGUGAGGAGGCUAGUUUAAGAACGCUGGAGGGCAGACGGCGUGCCACUUUACUUAGUGCCCGCCAAGGAAUGAUGUCUGCUCGAGGGGACUUCUUAAAUUACGCCCUUUCUUUGAUGCGAUCUCAUAACGAUGAGCAUUCUGAUGUUCUUCCUGUUUUGGAUGUCUGCUCGCUGAAACAUGUGGCAUAUGUUUUUCAAGCCCUUAUUUAUUGGAUUAAAGCAAUGAACCAGCAGACAACCUUGGAUACACCUCAGCUGGAACGCAAAAGGACACGGGACCUCUUGGAACUAGGUAUUGACAAUGAGGAUUCAGAACAUGAAAAUGAUGAUGACACCAAUCAAAGUGCCACAUUGAAUGAUAAAGAUGAUGAUACGCUUACUGCAGAAACUGGACAGAAUCAUCCAUUUUUCCGACGAUCAGAUUCCAUGACAUUCCUUGGGUGUAUACCUCCAAAUCCUUUUGAAGUACCUUUGGCUGAAGCCAUCCCUUUGGCUGAUCAGCCACAUCUACUACAGCCAAAUGCUAGAAAAGAGGAUCUUUUUGGCCGUCCCAGUCAGGGUCUCUAUUCAUCAUCUGCCAGUAGUGGGAAAUGCUUAAUGGAAGUUACAGUGGAUAGAAACUGCCUUGAGGUUCUUCCAACUAAAAUGUCUUAUGCUGCCAACCUGAAAAAUGUAAUGAACAUGCAAAAUCGGCAAAAGAAAGAAGGAGAAGAACAAAAUUUGCUGACAGAAGAAUCUGAGAGUUCAAAACCAGGACCAUCUGCUCAUGACCUUGCAGCACAAUUGAAAAGUAGUUUGUUGGCUGAAAUAGGAUUGACUGAAAGUGAAGGGCCUCCUCUAACAUCAUUCAGGCCUCAAUGCAGUUUCAUGGGAAUGGUUAUAUCUCAUGAUAUGUUGCUGGGACGCUGGCGCCUGUCUUUGGAGUUAUUUGGCAGAGUGUUCAUGGAGGAUGUUGGAGCAGAACCAGGAUCAAUACUCACUGAAUUAGGUGGUUUUGAAGUAAAAGAAUCAAAAUUCCGUAGAGAGAUGGAAAAACUGAGAAAUCAGCAAUCAAGAGAUUUAACAUUAGAGGUUGAUCGAGAUCGAGAUCUUCUAAUUCAGCAAACAAUGAGGCAACUUAACAAUCAUUUUGGUCGCAGAUGUGCUACUACUCCAAUGGCUGUACAUAGAGUGAAAGUUACAUUUAAGGAUGAACCAGGGGAGGGCAGUGGUGUGGCACGAAGUUUCUAUACUGCUAUUGCACAAGCUUUUUUGUCAAAUGAAAAACUGCCAAAUCUAGAUUGUAUUCAGAAUGCCAACAAGGGUACACAUACCAGUUUGAUGCAGAGAUUAAGGAACAGAGGGGAGAGAGAUCGGGAGAGAGAACGAGAAAGGGAAAUGCGGAGGAGUAGUGGUUUGCGAGCAGGUUCCCGAAGAGAUAGAGACAGGGAUUUUAGGAGACAGCUUUCCAUUGACACAAGGCCUUUCAGGCCAGCAUCUGAAGGCAAUCCCAGUGAUGACCCUGAUCCUCUUCCAGCACAUCGUCAGGCACUUGGCGAGAGGCUUUAUCCCCGGGUUCAAGCAAUGCAACCAGCAUUUGCAAGUAAGAUCACAGGUAUGCUAUUGGAAUUAUCCCCUGCUCAGCUGCUACUUCUCCUAGCAAGUGAGGACUCUUUGAGAGCAAGGGUAGAUGAGGCCAUGGAACUCAUUAUUGCACAUGGAAGGGAGAAUGGAGCUGAUAGUAUCUUGGACCUUGGGUUGCUAGACUCUUCAGAAAAGGUGCAGGAAAAUCGAAAACGACAUGGCUCCAGUAGAAGUGUGGUAGAUAUGGAAUUAGAUGAUACAGAUGAUGGUGAUGAUAAUGCUCCAUUAUUUUACCAGCCUGGAAAAAGAGGUUUUUAUACUCCAAGACCUGGGAAAAACACAGAAGCAAGGUUAAAUUGUUUCAGAAAUAUUGGCAGAAUCCUUGGACUCUGCUUGCUACAGAAUGAACUGUGUCCUAUCACAUUGAAUAGGCAUGUAAUUAAAGUAUUGCUUGGUAGAAAAGUUAAUUGGCAUGAUUUUGCAUUUUUUGAUCCUGUUAUGUAUGAGAGUUUGCGGCAACUUAUCCUCGCCUCACAGAGUACUGAUGCUGAUGCUGUUUUUGCAGCAAUGGAUUUGGCAUUUGCAAUAGACCUCUGCAAAGAAGAGGGUGGAGGACAGGUUGAACUAAUUCCUAAUGGUGUAAAUAUACCCGUCACCCCUCAGAAUGUAUAUGAAUAUGUACGGAAAUAUGCUGAACACAGAAUGUUGGUAGUUGCUGAACAGCCUCUACAUGCAAUGAGGAAAGGUCUGUUGGAUGUCCUUCCAAAGAAUUCAUUAGAAGAUUUAACAGCAGAAGAUUUCAGACUUUUGGUAAAUGGUUGUGGUGAAGUUAAUGUGCAAAUGUUGAUCAGCUUCACUUCUUUCAAUGAUGAAUCAGGAGAAAAUGCUGAGAAACUCUUACAGUUCAAGCGAUGGUUUUGGUCAAUAGUGGAGAAGAUGAGCAUGACAGAACGGCAAGACCUUGUUUACUUUUGGACAUCAAGCCCAUCAUUGCCUGCCAGUGAAGAGGGAUUUCAGCCUAUGCCAUCAAUCACAAUAAGACCACCAGAUGACCAACACCUUCCUACAGCAAAUACUUGCAUUUCUCGACUUUAUGUCCCACUUUAUUCCUCUAAACAGAUUCUUAAACAGAAAUUGUUACUCGCCAUUAAGACCAAGAAUUUUGGUUUCGUGUAGAGUAUAAAAAGUGUGUAUUGCUGUGUAAUAUUACUAGCUAAGUUUUGUAGAUUUUUCCAUUUGUCUAUAAAAGUUUAUGAAAGUUAAUGCUGUCAUGCCCCUGGUGGUACUUUAUUGAUUAAAUGCAAACAUUCCUAUACCAAGUUUGUAACUUAUAGGUCUAAGGAGCACUAGCAACAUUUGUCUGUAACUGUUUGCUAGUCAAUAACUUCUUGGCCUAACCCCAGCCAAAGAUGACAGCAGAACAAUAUAAUUUACACUGUGAUUUAUCUUUUUGCUGAGGGGGAAAAAUGUAAAAUGUUCUGAAAAUUCACUGCUGCCUUUGUGGAAAGUGUUUCAGCAAAGGUUCUUGUAUAGAGGGAGUAGGGAAUUUCAAAAUAAAAAAUUAAGUAUGUUCUGUGUUUUCCUUUUAA